GCGUGACCAUCUUUGUUCCGUCCCCGUCCCCCCACACCAUACCAAUCUCCCGAACCUGCGUUCUUCGGGACAAAUCAUCCCGCUGCUGCCAUCUCGCUGCUGUCUGCUGCGGUACCGGUGCCCUAGCCAUUGACCUUUAUUUGACAUUUAAACGGCACGGCUCUCCGCUGGCGGUGCUUUCCGACGGCCAGAUCCGUCCCACCGUCGAUACAAUCCAAUCGGCCGCGUACACUCGGGAGCGGUCUAGUUUGCUCUCUCGCUCGCUCGCUCGCUCUCCGCUCCUUCGCGCGGUGCUCUAUUUCGGAUCUAUUUACCCAAACGGCGUGAUGUUGCCCUCAGCCUCAGCUGUUUCUUAAUUACCUGCGGACCCAAACUGCCUGCUUUCUUCUUUUUCCCUUCCGCAUCCUGUACCACCUGUGCAGACCGAUCGCGAGCUCUAAUGUGCCGUGUCUGCCGUGUCGCCUAAUGACGUUGGAGUGAAAAACGCAGCUCCAAAAACAGCCCUAACCCUGACCGCCGGGCAGCAUCGAGGUCAGCGACGCCGAUAAGAUACAGCGUUGUGCCUUAUCGGCACGCCGAAAUAAGGUGCCCCGGCCCCGGUAUUGCGCUUGUUACCACACCAACACACACCAACACAACAUGUACCAACGGAAUCCACGAAAACGAAUUGGACGGAUCGGUUGAGAAAGUUUCUAGAACCGGCCUGCCGGUUAAAAAUCCCGCUUACAUACUGAAGUGGUAGAACUGGUUUUUCUGGAGUGGAAUGCAUCGCUCCAGCCAUUUCCACUCUCUUCCCCCCUGAAUGUGUGGUGCAUUGCAUAAGGACUACUGCUAUGGGAGUGACCUCUACUUGGCGCUGUUGUGAGAUGAUCGUGUGCGUGUGUGUGAUCGCAUCAACAAUGAAAUGAAGCCUUCGGGAGUAAAGAACAACAAUAACAGAGCCACUUAGUUUUGUUGUUUUUGAAAAGCAAGAAUAACAAAAACCCCUUUUAAGUUUAUAUUAUGCUGAUCAUCGAACCAGUGCAGUUGAUAGGGACGGCCAGGGCGUGUUUACAUAACCGUGGCGACCGUACCGAUGAGCAAUGUGGCGCCGUCGGUAGGAACGAUGCAGUAAUAAUGAUGGAAGAGCAGGCAGGCAUCCUUUCCAGCGUUGACAUUGUGCCGAUGUCAAACGCGCAGUGGUCAAGGUCGUUUGAUAACCUUGAAGCCGUUGGUGGCCUCAAGACGCGCUUGGCGUUGGCGCGAACGCAUGCUAGAUACGGCCCGACAGCCCUGGUUAGAAUGAGCGGCGAAAUUCGCCAAUGUCUCUGUCGCCACUAUUAAUAGACGCAACACUUAAUACAACAUGAGCCGCCGAUAUUCGCGCGUCGAGUCCAGCUCGGACCUGAUGCAGUUUCUGGACCGUGGCCACUCGGCAAACACGGAAAACCGAUGGACGUUCGAGAUAGCGUGGGAGGUGGCCAACAAAGUCGGUGGCAUAUACACCGUGAUCCGAUCAAAAGCGUUCGUGUCGACCGAGGAGCUGGGCGACCAGUACUGUCUGAUCGGCCCGUACAAGGAAGCGUCCGCCCGUACCGAGGUUGAGGCGUGCGAGUUUCCCAGCAAUGGGCCGUUCUACCGCGCGGUCACGGCCAUGCGCAACCAGGGCUUCAAGGUGCACUGUGGACGCUGGCUGGUCGAUGGCAAUCCACAGAUCAUACUGUUCGACAUCGGGUCGGCGGCGUGGAAGAUGGACGGCUACAAACAGGAGCUCUGGGACUCGUCCAAUGUCGGCAUCCCGCAUCUGGACAUUGAGUGUAACGAUGCCAUCAUUCUCGGCUACACGGUGGCGACCUUCAUCGAUGAGUUCAAGCGCUGCGCUGAGGUGUACUCGCACGAGAACGAAUACGGUCCGCCACGGAUUGUGGCCCACUUUCACGAGUGGCAGGCGGGCGUCGGGCUGAUUGCGCUCCGGACGCGCCAGGUCGAUGUGGCGACCGUCUUCACCACGCACGCCACCCUGCUCGGGCGGUACCUGUGCGCGGGCAACACCGAUUUCUACAACAACCUCGACAAGUUCCCGGUGGACGAGGAGGCGGGCAAGCGGCAAAUCUACCACCGGUACUGUUUGGAGCGGGCGGCCACCCACCUGUCGCACGUGUUUACCACCGUGUCCGAGAUUACCGGGUACGAGGCGGAGCAUCUGCUGAAGCGCAAGCCGGACAUUAUCACCCCGAACGGGCUGAACGUGAAGAAGUUCGCGGCGAUCCACGAGUUCCAGAACAUGCACGCGAUGGCGAAGGAGAAGAUACACGAGUUUACGCGCGGCCACUUUUACGGUCACUUUAACUUUAACAUCGAGAAGACGCUGUACAUGUUCAUUGCCGGGCGGUACGAGUUCAGCAACAAGGGGGCGGACAUCUUUAUCGAGGCAUUGGCCCGCCUCAACCACAUGCUGAAGUCGAGCAACUCGGACGUGACGGUGGUGGCAUUUUUGAUCUUCCCGGCCAAGACGAACAACUUCAACGUGGAGUCGCUGCGGGGCCAUGCCGUCACCAAGCAGCUGCGCGACACGAUCAACAGCAUCCAGCAGGACAUCGGGAAGCGGAUGUACGAGACGUGCCUGCAGGGCCAGCUGCCCGAGGGCGCGGAGAUACUGACGAAGGAGGACAUUGUGAAGAUUAAGCGCUGUCUGUACGCGCUGCAGCGCGAUGGCAAUCCGCCCGUAACGACGCACAACGUGGUAGACGAUUGGAACGAUCCGGUGCUAGAGUCGAUCCGCCGGUGCCAUCUCUUCAACACGAAGUACGAUCGCGUGAAGGUGGUGUUUCAUCCGGAGUUCCUGAACUCUACCAAUCCGCUGUUCGGGCUGGACUACGAGGAGUUUGUGCGCGGCUGCCAUCUCGGUGUGUUCCCGUCGUACUACGAACCGUGGGGCUACACGCCGGCCGAGUGUACGGUGAUGGGUAUACCGAGCAUCACGACGAACCUGUCCGGGUUUGGGUGCUUCAUGCACGAGCACGUGGCCGAUCCGAAGUCGUACGGUAUCUACAUCGUCGACCGGCGGCACGUUGCGGUGGAGGAGAGCGUCCAGCAGCUGUCCAAGUAUAUGUUCGAGUUUUCGAAGCUCAACCGCCGCCAGCGCAUCAUUCAGCGUAAUCGAACGGAGCGGUUGAGCGAUCUGCUUGACUGGAGAAAUCUGGGAAUUUACUACCGCCAGGCGAGGGUUAAGGCACUGCAGCGUGUGUAUCCGGAUUAUGUGGACGAGUCUACGGAAUACCUGAAGCGAGCGACAGACUUCACAUAUCCACGCCCGAUCAGUGCCCCACCAAGUCCUAGUUCGUCCAGACAUACAACGCCGGCACCGUCCCUGCACGGUUCAGACGAUGAACAGGAUUCCGUCGACUCUGAGGAGGAACUACAGGAGCUAAACUCACACCAUUAGAUCGCACAAACUGGGCCAGCUAACCAAUCCUCCUAAUCCCCUGAAGCAGGAUCCUGUAGAUGUAUAGAGCGGGAGAAAAAAAAGAGAGAGAGAGCCUGCGGGACUCUUGCAAGCUGCAUCACUCACUAUGAAGGAUGAUAUUUUAUCCGAUGUUGACCAGAGAGAUUCUACCGGAAAUAUUCGCUGUCCAGUCUUGCCUGCCUGUCGUUUCAGUGUUUGUGUAUGAGUGUGUAUUUGUUGUCCUCGGGUAACUCAACACUACCUACUACUUACCGCGUCGGCUGCACUAGCCAAACAAGAGAUUGUGUUCACUCACCAACUCCCCUAAGUCCUAAGCUGUAUUUAAGAAAGGAAACAUCCAGCGGAACCGUUGUGUUGCAAACGUGUUUGCACUUUUAGCAAUAAAACCACCCCCUGUACGAAAUGUUCCGCUAACUUA